GCGCCACAGACUACUAUUAUAGAUGCUACGCAUCUAGGCGCUACUGCAGGAUCAACUUUGUUUUGACGUUUAAAUUAUAACCUAUUUCUUAGCUUGAUUAUAAUUUUCAACGUGAUAUUAUAAUUCCUAGAAAUAUUUCGUUUAUAUACAUAGAAAUACAAAAUGCCAAAAAUUAAAGCUGAGAAGAAAUCUAGAAUACACAAUGAAAUUGCGAAACAAGGCAUACAAUUUAAUAAGGAUUUUGGACAACAUAUAUUAAAGAAUCCACUAAUAAUUACAUCUAUGUUAGAUAAGUCAGGAUUGAGACCCACGGAUGUAGCCCUCGAGAUUGGUCCUGGUACUGGUAACAUGACAGUCAAGCUAUUAGACAGAGUUAAAAAAGUAAUCGCUUGUGAAAUUGAUACAAGGCUGGUUGCAGAACUACAAAAGCGUGUCCAAGGAACUCCAUAUCAAGCAAAACUACAAAUUCUAGUUGGGGAUGUGUUAAAAACAGAAUUACCAUUUUUCGAUAUCUGUGUAGCAAAUAUUCCAUACCAGAUAAGUUCUCCAUUGGUUUUCAAACUGCUGCUGCAUAGGCCAUUCUUUAGGUGUGCAGUACUCAUGUUCCAAAAGGAAUUUGCACAGAGAUUAGUGGCCAAGCCAGGGGAUAAACUGUAUUGCAGGUUGUCAAUAAAUACCCAACUUCUGGCAAGAGUGGAUAUGUUAAUGAAGGUUGGAAAAAAUAACUUUAAACCCCCACCUAAAGUGGAAUCAAGUGUAGUGCGGAUAGAGCCAAGGAAUCCACCGCCACCUAUAAACUUUGUAGAGUGGGAUGGUCUAACAAGGAUAGCGUUUGUGAGGAAAAACAAAACAUUAUCAGCCACAUUUAAACAUGGAACAACAAUGGCAGUUUUGGAGAAAAAUUAUAGAAUUCACUGUUCAUUACAUAAUAAGGAAAUUGCAGAAGACUUUGACAUUAAACAAAAAGUCCAAGAUAUAUUGACAAAUUGUGAAGCAACUGAAAUGAGAGCAAGAACCAUGGAUGUUGAUGACUUUAUGAAGUUGUUACAUGCAUUUAACUCUGAAGGAAUACAUUUUGCUUGAAUGUUUAUUAUAUAACAUGCCUUUUUUGUGAACUAUGGAGAUUUCAUAGUAAUAUUUCUUAGAAGUCAAUAAUAAAUAAAUAUUUGCAGAUCACUGAAGUGAAAUUCAAAACAAAGUUAUCUCAUAGUUUUCAAUAACUAUAUUUAAAAUAAAGAGACUAAUAUGUUAA